ACAAAUGAGCCCAGGUAGUGAUUUGCAUAAUUUUAUAUCUCCCCCCUCCCCCCCCCCCCCCCCGUAGCCUUCAUCAAGUUUGGCCCUACAACUCCUGUGGCUGGUGGAUCUGGAAACCGCCAAAGGCCCUUUCCCACUUGGUGCCUCAGUUUCCCCUCCCCCACUGUGGCGGUUUAAACUGGGUGCUGUGGGGCAGGGACUGUCUCAGGGCAUGUCUCCACUAGCAAGGUUAAAGCGCGGUGUCGUUAACGUGGCUGUGUAGUCGUGGCACCAGCGCUGGGGAAAAACCCCGCUCCAAGAGGGGAGCAGCUCCCCGCGCUGGGGCACUUCUUAUGCUGCUGCUUUACAGCGCUGAGACUUGCAGCCCUUGGGUGGGGGGUUCACACCCCUGAGCGAGGAAGUUGCAGCGCUGUUAAAGUGGCAGCGUAGACCAGGCCUCACUGUGGGUCUGUGCAGUGGGUCGGGGGGGGGGUGUGUCUAUAUGCACACAAAAGAAGGCAACUUCUAUGAUGAACACACUAUUCUGUGGGAGGGGGGUAUCUGCAUCUUUGACUGCUCCCAGCACUGUGAGAGGUGGGGCACCUAACCCAGGUUGGUGGGCACGUGGGGCGGCUCUGGGAGGGUGGGGCAGGGGAGUAUGUGGGGCUGGUGGCUGCAUCUCCACGCUGGACUAGCGAUCUCGCUGUGGCAUUAUGUGCGGCUGUUCCCCAGCUGCCCUGCCCCAGAGGUGGCUGCAUCUCAGUGCCAAGUGAGCUGUCCCUCUAUGGUGUUAUGUGCGGCUGUUCCCUGGCCGCCCUGCCCCAGAGGUGGCUGCAUCUCAGUGCCAGGUGCGCUGUCCCUCUAUGGUGUCAUGUGCGGCUGUUCCCUGGCUGUCCUGCCCCAGAGGUGGCAGCAUCUCAGUGCCAGGUGAGCUGUCCCUCUAUGGUGUUAUGUGCGGCUGUUCCCUGGCUAUCCUGCCCCAGAGGUGGCUGCAUCUCAGUGCCAGGAGAGCUGUCCCUCUAUGGUGUUAUGUGCGGCUGUUCCCUGGCUGCCCUGCCCCAGAGGUGGCUGCAUCUCAGUGCCAGGUGAGCUGUCCCUCUAUGGUGUUAUGUGUGGCUGUUCCCCGGCUGCCCAACCCUAGAGGUGGCUGCAUCUCAGGGCCCGGAGAGCCACCCUGUAGGUAACGCUGGGGAAGCCCUGUGGAGAGUCGAGGUAGCUGCGGGUGACAGGAGUGGGGGGAGCAUGGCAGGGCCGGCUGGAGAGGUUGCCCCCUCCCCAGCCAGGCAGCUCCCCCCACCCCCCACCCCGAGCAGAGCCGCGUCUGACUCCCAUUGGCCGCCGCCCUCCUCCAUGCGCAGCGGAAAAAAAAAAAAAAAACCGCUUCCCGCCCGCUCCCUCCUUCGGCCGCUGCCGCAUUCGCUCCUGCGACGGGAGAGAGCCGCGGCUGCAGCAUGGCCACCCCCACCGAGGCACCCAGGCACGAUGGCCACGGACACCGGGAUCCCUUCUCCUACGACUACGACACCCUGCGCGUGGUCGGCCUUGUCCUGGCCAUUGUCAUGUUCGUGGUGGGCAUCCUGACAGCGCUGAGUAAGAAAUUCAAAUGUAAAAAGUCCGACUCCAGCCUGUCGGAGGCCAGGCAACCAGGAAAGACCCCAACUCCAGCAGGCAGCGCGUAGGCCUGGUGCCUGGAAUGUAGCGCCCCCCUCUGGCUGGGGGGUGCAGACCCUGCAGCCCCCCCCUCGCCCAGGACAGCUCCAAGACCUCGGCUCCAGCGCCCGGCGACAUCCGUGGGGGCAGGGAAGGGGGAACCCCGUUAUCUGAGCCUCCGUCUUUUAGAACCUCUGCCUCCAAUUGGUUGGCGAGCCCAUUGCAUGCUGGGAGCAGGCACCAUAUGCAGGGAGGGGGGGUCUCUUAGCCUCACUUGCCCCCCCCAUCUUGACCCAUUGGGUCCCCUUCACUUCCUGUCCCCCCCAGCGCAUGUGACUCCCAUGCCAUUACUGCUUUGCUUACGGCACCCCCCUCCCCGCUGCAUUGGGCGGGUGCUCCAUGUGGGGGGACGGCCACACACCACCAAAACAUCCUGCCAGGCCCAGACACAGGCCUCACCUGGGCCCGGGGCCCUGGGCCCUGGGCCAGCAGCUGGAUGCUGACAGGGUGCUGCUUUCAUGACGUGUUUUCAGCUGCCCCCAGGGGGCGCCACCCUGUGGCUGCCCCCCACACCCCCAAGCACGGGGCAGAGCAGAUCCAGCGCUCAAUAAACAUGGGGUUGUUUCUUA